UUCUUUAUUGGUGACUUCCUGUUUGUUGUCACCAAUUUUGUAGAUCUGUUUGUGAGUCAAAUAUUGAAAGGGAGUCCUGUCUGGUAGAAAAUGUCGACACGUUUAGAGAAAGAAAAAGCGAAAGCCCAACAGGAGAAGUUCCAGGCCGUAUUAUCAAACCUUCUCAAAGACGACGAUAACAAAUACUGUGUGGAUUGUGAUGCUAAAGGACCAAGAUGGGCAUCCUGGAAUUUAGGUAUUUUCUUAUGUAUUCGCUGUGCUGGAAUUCACAGAAAUCUCGGUGUGCAUCUUUCAAAAGUAAAAUCUGUCAAUUUGGAUACAUGGACUGCAGAACAAGUUUCUAUGAUGAUGGAGAUGGGCAACAGUAGAGGUAGAGCCGUUUAUGAGGCCAAUAUUCCUGAUGGUUACCGACGUCCACAGACAGACUCAAAAAGCUCUUUGGAAGCCUUCAUUAGAGCAAAAUAUGAACAGAAGAAGUACAUUGCGAGGGAGUGGGUGCCACCUAAAGUUGCAAUUCCCAAAGAGCUAAAAACAGAUAGGCUUUUAGAGGAUGAAAAAGCAGACAAGAAAAAACGACAGAAGCAGACAAUGAUACAGCUCUCCACAGUCCCUAAAACAAAACCCCCAGAGAGUUCAGCCACUUCUUCACCUAAAAAAGAACCAGCACCCAUCACCAGUCAAGCAACAUCCAGCAGCUCAAACGAUCUUCUGGGACUAGAGACACCAGUUGUUAAUAAACAAAAUACAUCGGGCAGUUCCAAUGAUUUGCUUGGAGGAUUGGGGGAUCUUAUAGGAGCACCUGUUUCUUCACAGACAGGCUCAACAACUCAGACUAGUCAACCUCUACAAUCAACACAGCAGAAUGGAGAAACAGAGCUUAAUCUUUUCCAAGAUUCUGGAUCAGAGAAACCUCAGGAUAAAUCUACAAAGGCUUCUAUAAUGGCUUUAUUCGGCAGCUCGUCAUCUCAACAGCCGCAACAACAGUUUGGAGUACCAGGUAGCAUUGCACAGCCCUAUGAUGUUUACCAGUAUGAAGCAGGGGGUGUGUACAUGCCACAGCAGAACUUGGGGAUGUAUGGGAUGCCACAAAACAGUAUGAUGGCACCAGCACCAAACAUGCAGUACCAACAACAAAUGGGCAUGAUGAACAUGCCACAACAGCAACAUGGAAUGUAUAACAUGAUGGGUGUGCCCCCAGGUAGCCAGGCAGGGUAUGGGAACCAGCAACAAAUGCAACAAAUGCAGUAUCAACAGAUGCAACAACAAAUGGCCCAGAUGCGCUUGGGAAAUGGAAAUGUGGGUGUGGUGGGGGCUCCUAUGGGAAACCAGGGGGCCAUGAAUUGGGGUGCACCACCAAACAAUGGACAGACUCUUUCAACAAAUUUAUGGAAAUGAUGAUACUGAAAUCGUAGUGUUGAAUUAACAUUCCAUGCUUUCACGCUGGAUAGUGUGUAGGACUGGUGGUCUCGAUGUAGUCCUGAUAGCUUUCUAACUGGGUAACAAUCAAUAGACAGGGUCAUGUUCCAGUUUUAUUGAAAUACAAAACAUUUUAAAUUGAGACAAGUAUUUUUAUUAAAAUGAUAUUUUUUAGAUUAAGCCCUGAAGAAGAUAAGAUGUAUCAAUAAAAACACGGACCACAAAAGAGUGUAUUUUGGAGGAGGAAUCAUUAUAUUUUUAGGUCAUUUUUAACAACAUCAAUGUCUUGGUUAAUUUUCUGUAACGUAUGUGUAUGUGCAAUCUACAAACUAUCAUGGUAUUUAAACUUACUUUUUGUAAAUGUGAAUUCAGGGAUAUUUUGCUCUAAACCAUUAAAGGACACAUAUCGUGUUUUCAAAGUAUACAAAAUUAUAUGCAUUUUGUCUUCCUUAUGCUUAUAGAAAUUAAUUGUAAUAGUUUGUUCGCUGAAGUAUUGCGAUAAUUAGCCACAAUACGGACUUAAAUCUAAGCCCCGAUUUCAAAAAGCCUAGUUAAUUAGAUAGGUAGUCACGUGGUACAGUGACGUCAUAUGCGACCUUCGUCGAUCAACUUGUUGUAAAAGUAGUGUUAGAUAUUUUUAAAAACUCGGGUUUUAGGGGCCUAAUAAAUUUACCAUGGAUAACAUUUAUUUCGAUGUUAACAAAUUUCCCGAGUCUUAUAUCUUUUAGCCACCAGUGCAUACAAAUAGCGGCCCAAAUGUAGCGAGGAAAGCGAGUAUGAAAUCUGCGAGUAAAUAAUGUUUACAUGGGAUCACUGUCUAAACACAAUAUGGUAAUGUCAUUUCUGUAAACAACUGUAAUUAGCGUUGUUGCUUUUUGAAAAUAAACAGUGCAAUUAUUAUUAAAUUUAUUUUGGAGAAGUUAGAUAGAUCUAAAUUAUGAUACGAUUAUGUAUCAUUGACAACUAGGCCUACUGUCACGGGUGCAUUUCGAAAAAAAAUAAUAAUAAUAAAAAUUAUCAAACUUAUGGUGAAAAUCCCAAUACUUUUAAAUUAUUUUAUUCAAGCAAUUUUAUUAAUCAUUAUUUUUUGUUGUUGUUAUCUACACGUUGUUACUUAGGAAGUGGGAGCGCGGCGUGCUGUACGUUGUUGUAAACACGUACGUGUUCCUUUAAAAAAAAAAAAUGAAAGCAUUAUAAUUCAAUUCAAAGUUGGGAAAUAUCAUAUUUUAUUAUUUAUAAUUGAAAGUUCAAUUAUCUUUUAUCUUCAAAUUUCUUUUUUAAAACUACCAGUUGGUAGACACUGCUAGCGAAGUUUUGCCUAUAUGGUGUUACAAGGUGAAGGUCAGUUGGUGCGAGUGUGUAUUGAAUUUGAGAACAGAACGGAAAGCAUAAGCCGUAGGCCUAUAAGUAACAGUGGGUAGCUUCGAUAGAACCAUUUUCUCGCAGUUUAUCUACGUCUUUGUCCAAGUGCUUGUUUAAAAAAGUACAGGUACCAAUUCUACUGGGUUUUUUUAAUGGCAAAAUCGUUGUGCCGACAAAAAAUAUUCACGUCUUGUCCCUCAUACCUUCCUUCGAAAAUUGAAAAAAACACAGUUCAAAGCCUCUCUACUGACAGCAAGUACACCCUUAAACGGCACAAAACACCCUAAUGCAGUGUUAUUUACAAGCCGUUAAUGUGAUAAUUGUUUGUUUGUCAAUUAAAUCUAAUCUGUUUAUGAAAUGGCUAACAACUGUUUUCAAAUCUUCUCGCUCGAGGUCGCAUAUGACGUCACAGAUAAUGGCGCGUAAAAUAUCGAAGAAAAUAUGCAUAUCGCAAGAUUUGAAUUUCAUCGCUUUCAAACUCGAAAACUACGCAAACUGUUUCAUUUAAAACACAUGUAAAGUAGUUUUAGGCAUGAAAUGAAUUAAUUUUGCUGAAAAAAUUAAAAAGUUUAAAAACAUGCGAUGUGUCCUUUAAUGAAAGAAUGAUCAAUUAUAAUCAGUGAUUUGUUUCUACAUACAAGUGCCCACAUUUAGCUUCAUAUGUUGUGAAGUUUUAGAGGUAUCUGUGGUAUAGUGCAACACCCUUAGAAAACACAAAAUCAUCACUGGUGUCAAUAUUAUUAGAGGUACAGUGCAGGAUAAAUAUAUUUAAAAUGUUGAACAAAGCAACACAUGUUCUGUGGUACGUAACAUUCAAACUAAUUUCAAAUUCUUAUUUAGAUAAAGGCUUUAAGAUCAGAAUUGACAAGAAUAUUGCCGUUUCUGUACAAAAGUGUUGAGCGUGCAUGUAUAUGUGUGACAUGUAUUCAUUUUAUGUGUAAGAUAAUUAUAAUGUGAGUGUUGUAUUAGGUAUACUUUAUACUUUGUAAUGAAGUCUGUUAGCGGGUUGUCAGUAUUUUUGUUUAAAAAACAAAUUGGAACUAGAUUUUUUUUUUUCAUUUGACAUAUUCUGUCAAUAAUGCAUUAAAGAAAGGGGAUGAAAACUGUUUGUUUGAAUAUAACUGCUAGUGAACCUCAGAUUUCUUAUUUGAAAAAGAAUUUCUGUUAAUAAAAAAGAAAAUAUGUGAAUAUGAAUAAAAACAUAUUCUGUUGGAAAGUUGAUAAAAUGAAUUAUGUAAGAGCUCUUGUUGGUGCACCUGAAUCUCUGCCUAGAGUUGUUUGUACUUCACACACACUGGCUACACAUUUACAGAUGACAGAUUUUUUCCUGUGCUGCAUUGCCAUUCACAGAAGGCAGAUUUUUCUCCUUUUGAAAUUCUGUUUGACCAUGUGCGCACUCCGAAAAAUAUUCAUCCCCAAUAUACUCUUCAUCAUGUAAAUCUGUUUAUAGCUGAUUCAAUAUUUCCCCGAAAAAUGAUUAUGCAUAUAUCAUGCUUCAGCAUAACUAGCCAUUGGGUUAUAAUAAAUGUAUAUUUGUAUGUGUCGAAGCAAAAGAAUUUUUUUAAACCCUAAGAUGUUGACAGAGGUGUAUGUGAGAGCAAGCAAUAUGACAACUUUGGGUAGAGAUAGGCUUGGAUGUAACAAAAGGCUUUGUUGCUGGAGAUUUUUCAUUGCCAAAUUGUUGAUGUAUAUAUUAAAAUUAUUUUAUUUGUUUUAUUAUUAUUUUUUUUGUAUAAUGUGCAUCAAUAAAUUUCAUCAUUGUU